CGAACUUAAGGCUACGAAGUCCAACACCUGAAGAUUGCGUUGAACCAGCGGCUAACUACUGCUAAUGAAGUGAUGUUUGAGUUAUUAGAAACAACAUCGCAGCGUGGAAAGAAUACAUGAGCUUAAAAGAAGGAAAGAAACACGUCCAAGAUGCUGUUUUCAAAACUGAAGUUUGUUGGGACAAAGCAGAGAUGCAGCAGCUCUUGAUGGGUAAAGAUGACAUUCUUCCUGAGCAGCAGGAAUGGAAUCAGAGUCUGGACCACAAGGACUCAGAGCUGCCAGCUAUUAAAGAGGAACAGGGGGAGCAUUGUAGUGAAGAUAAAGAAAAACCACAGUCAUCACAGCUUCAUCAAAGCCACAAAGAUGAGAGCACAGAAGUGGAGCUUUUCACCAGUAACUCAACUGAACCCAGAACACUGAAAACAGAAGCUAAUGGAGACGACUGUGAAGCAUCACAACAAGCCAGCAACUCUGGUCCAUGCAGACAUUUACAACCACAUACUGAUGACAUGCAGCAGUUGUUGGUAGCUAAAGAAGAAAUUCUCCCUGAACACCUGGAGUGGAAAAUGAGUGUUGAGCAGAAGGACAUUAAAGAGGAACAAGAGACACUCUGGAUAUGCCAGCAGGGACAGCAGCUUCACCAGCUGGAGGAGGCUGAUAUCACUAAGUUCCCUUUGACUGCUGUCCCUGUGAAGAGUGAAUAUGAUGAAAAACCAGAGUCAUCACAGGUUCAUCAAAGCCAAAGUGAUGAUGGCACAGAGGCUGAGCCUGUAACCAGCUGCUCAUCUGUCCACAGAACACUGACAACACAACCUCAUGGAGAGGGCUAUGGAGGACCACAACCAGCCAGCAACUCGGGUCCAAAUAGUCGUUUACAGCCAGAUACCAAUAGUAGGGGUUCAGAGAGUUCUGAGACUGACAACAGUUGUGAAUGGAAAUGGACAAGAGAACAAUCUUCAGGUUUUAACUGUCAAACAAAUAGCAAUGUCUCAAAACAACAUAUAGGAAUGCAAGCAAGUGAAAAACCAUUUAACUGUUCUGAAUGUGGAAAAAGUUUUGGACAGAAGAGCAAUCUGAUCACACAUCUGAGAAUUCAUACAGGAGAGAAACCAUUUGUUUGUUCUGACUGUGGUAAGCGAUUUGGACAGAAGAGCAGUCUGAUCAAACAUAUGAGAAUUCAUACAGGCGAGAAAGGCGAGAGCCCUCGGAUACAAUGCCAAUAAUGAUUAAUGAUUAGG